GAGAAGGCACUACUGCAGGAUGGCGGUGGACAACUCCACGGGCGACCCCCAGGCCUCGAGCUCGCAGCUGAGCCUGGCUGACAUCAUCAUCAUCACCGUGUACUUUGCCGCAAAUGUGGCCGUGGGCAUAUGGUCCUCCUGUCGAGCCAGCAGGAACACAGUGAGCGGCUACUUCCUCGCCGGCCGGGACAUGACAUGGUGGCCGAUUGGAGCCUCCCUCUUUGCCAGCAGCGAGGGUUCUGGCCUCUUCAUUGGACUGGCCGGCUCAGGCGCAGCUGGAGGCCUGGCUGUGGCAGGUUUUGAGUGGAAUGCCACCUACGUGCUGCUGGCCCUAGCGUGGGUUUUUGUGCCUAUCUACAUCUCCUCAGAGAUCGUCACCAUGCCUGAAUACAUCCAGAAGCGCUAUGGAGGCCAGAGGAUGCGCAUGUACCUGUCUGUCCUGUCCCUGCUGCUGUCUGUCUUCACCAAGAUAUCGAUCGACCUGUACGCGGGGGCUCUGUUCGUGCACGUCUGCCUGGGCUGGAACUUCUACCUGUCCACCAUCCUCAUGCUCGCCAUCACCGCCCUGUACACCAUCGCAGGAGGCCUGGCUGCCGUGAUCUACACCGAUGCCCUGCAAACGCUCAUCAUGGUGGUGGGGGCUGUCAUUCUGACGGUCAAAGCUUUCGACCAGAUCGGCGGGUAUGAGCAGCUGGCAGCGGCCUACGCCCAGGCCAUACCAUCCAAGACUGUUGCCAACACGACCUGCCACCUGCCGCGUGCGGAUGCCAUGCACAUGUUCCGAGACCCCCACACAGCCGACCUCCCGUGGACCGGGAUGACCUUCGGGCUGACCAUCAUGGCCACCUGGUACUGGUGCACCGACCAGGUCAUCGUGCAGCGGUCGCUGUCCGCCCGGGACUUAAACCACGCCAAGGCAGGCUCCAUCCUGGCCAGCUACCUCAAGAUGCUGCCCAUGGGCCUGAUCAUCAUGCCGGGCAUGAUCAGCCGUGCACUGUUCCCAGAUGACGUGGGCUGUGUGAUGCCGUCCGAGUGCCUGCGGGCCUGCGGGGCUGAGAUUGGCUGCUCCAACAUCGCCUACCCCAAGCUGGUCAUGGAACUGAUGCCCAUCGGUCUGCGGGGCCUGAUGAUCGCCGUGAUGAUGGCCGCGCUCAUGUCGUCGCUGACCUCCAUCUUCAACAGCAGCAGCACGCUCUUCACCAUGGACAUCUGGAGGCGGCUGCGGCCGCGGGCUGGCGAGCGGGAGCUGCUGCUGGUGGGACGGCUGGUCAUCGUGGUGCUGAUCGGCGUGAGCGUGGCCUGGAUCCCGGUCCUGCAGGGUGCCAACAGCGGGCAGCUCUUCAUCUACAUGCAGUCGGUGACCAGCUCCCUGGCCCCCCCGGUGACCGCUGUCUUCAUCCUGGGCGUCUUCUGGCAGCGAGCCAACGAGCAGGGGGCCUUCUGGGGCCUGAUGGUCGGGCUGGCGGUGGGCGCCACAAGGCUGGUCCUGGAGUUCCUGCACCCCGCCCUGCCCUGUGGCGCCGUGGACACUCGGCCUGCUGUCCUGGGCAGCAUCCACUACCUGCACUUUGCCAUUGCCCUCUUCGCACUCAGCGGGGCCGUGGUGGUGGCCGGAAGCCUGCUGACGCCCCCACCCCCCGGGGCUCAGAUCCAGAACCUUACCUGGUGGACUCUAGGCAGGGACCUGCCCCCAGGAGCCAAAACAGCUGGCAGCCGGAAACAGGCUUUCUGGGCCCGGGUCUGUGGCCUCAACGCCAUCCUCCUCAUGUGCGUCAACAUCUUCUUCUACGCCUACUUCGCCUGAUGUGGCCGGGCCUGAGGCCGCCCCUUUCCCUAAUGAGGACACCAGCCCUGAGGCUGCCCGGCCAGCCAGGGGGGAGCCUGAAAACUUAGGGAGGGAAUGGGUGAAAAGAAUGUGACACUUCAAA